ACUCGUUCUCACUCCUCUUUUUCUUAACAGCGUGGGUGGUCAAGGUCGUCUGUGUGAAGUGAAUGUGAUUUUUGAUUAAAGAGCUCUGCGCAUGUUGGUGACGUGGACACAUAAAAACUUUUUUACUUGCCAGUUACUGGGCAGUGCGCAUCAGCGCUUCAGUGGCAGCCAUCAGCAGUGAAAAUGCCUCUACACAAGAAGGCAGACGACAUCCACGCUGUAUAUGAGUUGAAGGAGAAACUGGGAGAAGGCUCAUUCUCGGAGGUGAGAGUGGCUCAACACCGCCGAACACACAAGCUUGUAGCAGUCAAGUGCAUCCGCAAAAAGGCCCUGAAGGGAAAAGAAGCCAUGCUGGAGAACGAGAUCGCUGUAUUACGCCGAAUCAAGCAUGAAAACAUCAUUUCCCUCGAGGAGACGUUCGAGACGCCUACGAAACUGUAUUUGGUAAUGACACUGGUGACUGGAGGUGAACUGCUGGACCGAAUUCUUGAGCGAGGCAGCUACACGGAGAAGGACGCCAGUCGUGUCAUCCAGCAAGUCCUGGAAGCUGUCAGAUACCUCCAUCAGCUGGACAUUGUACACAGAGACCUGAAACCAGAGAACCUGCUAUACGAAACGCCGUUAAAAGAUUCCAAGAUUGUCCUUAGCGACUUCGGGCUGUCUAAAAUAGCAGAUCAAGGCAUCUUGUCUACUGCUUGUGGAACUCCUGCUUAUGUAGCUCCUGAGCUUCUACAAGAGAAGACAUAUGGUAAAGAAGUAGACUUAUGGGCCAUGGGAGUGAUUUCAUUUAUAAUGCUGUGUGGAUAUCCUCCAUUCUACGACGAUAACGACACUCAGCUCUACAAACAGAUCAUAAAGGCAGAGUUUGAGUUCGACUCGCCGUACUGGGAUGAUAUCUCACGUUCAGCCAAAGACUUCAUCGUCCACUUACUGCAGAAGGAUCCGAAAAAGAGGUUCAAUUGCGAGCAGGCCUUGCAGCAUCCUUGGAUUUCAGGUGGAGCAGCUCUGGAAAAAAACAUCCACGGCUCUGUGUCCGAGCAGAUCCAGAAGAACUUUGCCAAGAGCCAGUGGAAGAGAGCUUUUAAUGCUACCAUGGUGGUGCAUCACCUCAGGAAGAAGGCCCAUGUGAGUGAGGAGGAAGAUCGAGACACAUCCACAGGAACUGAGACCUCAUGAAAUCCAACUGGCGGAAGACCAGAAGUCAACACACGCAUACAUCUGAGUGAGCAUUUGUCAAAGCAGACCCUGCGCCCUGAACUGCUGAUGUCGGCUCUAUGUGCUGCUUUGCCUGAUACGAACCAGCGGGACUUGUACGAGCGCCAGAUGGAAGCGCAUUAGAGCCUCUUUCGAGCCUAGUCGUCACCGUCACUGUAAGCGAAUGGUUAGAAAACCGCAGGUACGCUUAACGCCAUGUUGUGAAAUGUUAUGUAUAAAGAGCAUGCUGCUAUUUGAAUUAUUAAACAUUAUUAGCCAGGUAAUGUUUCUACAGUAGCUGUGGCUAAAGUGCUAGAUAUUCCAUCUGUUCCAUGCACCUGAAAGUAAACACGAUGAAAAAAAUAUUGCAUAUUAAAUAAUACAUUACACUUUAUUUAAAAGGUCGGGGGCCUUCAGAAUACAUUCAUAAGCUUUGCAUAAAACUUUUAUAAAGCAAUGCCUGAGGAUUUAUGAAGGCUUCCUGUCAUGAGGUGACUUCAGGAUUGUUGCUGCUGCACAAUAUUUUUCUUUAUCUUAUUAGUUUGUUGUUAAAAACAGCACGUUUUUGAAGCUCCCUUUCCAUUCAAAUUCCUUUAGCCCCUUACUAAGCAUUAAAAAAAAUGAGUUGUAUUGGUGCUUGUAGUGUUUCAUAAUAGUUGUAUGAACCUCCUUCUGAGACAAGAUAAAAAAAGAUAACAUAAGAUAAGAUAAGAUAAGAUAAGAUAAGAUAAGAUAAGAUAAGAUAAGAUAAGAUAAGAUAAGGUAAGAUAAGAUAAGAUAAAAUAAGAUGAGAUAAAUUAAAACUUUAUUAAUCCCAAAGGAAAUUCUUUUUCAAGAGACUGCGUCAGAUUACAAGGAAAAUAAAUAUAAAUUAAACAUAAAAGAAAAAUAAAUUAAAUUAAAUAACC